GCCAGUCGGCGCUGUUGGAUUGGCUCGUCGCCGCGUUGAUGCCAACUUGCCAAGCCUGCCUCCAGUAGAGAGCAGUGCGUGGUUGGAUCUGGAUGUGUGCGCCACCGACCUGUCUCUACUUCCUGAUCGAAGAUGGCGGUCUCGGUGUUUCCCGGCGUGCGGCUCCUCUCCAUCGGAGACGCUAAUGGAGACAUACAGCGACACUCAGAGCAGCAGCCUUUGCGGCUAGAAGUCAAAAGCACCCAAGACGCUGCCCUCAUCAAUCUCUCCAAUGGAGAGGAGGCGAGUGUGUUCAAGUGUUCUGUUUCCAGGGAGACAGAGUGCAGCCGCGUGGGGAAGCAGUCGUUCAUCAUCACGCUGGGCUGCAACAGCGUCCUGCUGCAGUUCUCCUCACCUGCAGACUUCCAGUCCUUUUAUAACCUCCUGAAGAACAGUCGCGGGCAUGUCAACGAGCGCUCGGUCUUCAGCGACAGAACGGAGGACUCCUCUGCUGUACAGUACUUCCAGUUUUAUGGCUACCUCUCCCAGCAACAGAACAUGAUGCAGGACUACGUUCGGACAGGGACUUACCAACGGGCUAUUCUCCAGAACCACACUGACUUUAAGGAUAAGGUGGUGCUGGAUGUUGGCUGUGGCUCGGGGAUCCUCUCUUUCUUUGCAGCCCAGGCUGGAGCCAGGAAGGUCUACGCUGUGGAGGCCAGCACCAUGGCACAGCACGCCGAGGUGCUGGUGAACAGUAACCGCUUAGGAGAGCGCGUGGUCGUCAUCCCGGGGAAGGUGGAGGAGGUGACGCUGCCAGAGCAGGUUGACAUCAUCAUCUCGGAGCCCAUGGGCUACAUGUUGUUCAACGAGCGCAUGCUGGAGAGCUACCUGCACGCCAAGAAGUUCCUCAAACCCAAUGGUAAAAUGUUCCCAACCAUCGGUGACGUCCACCUGGCCCCCUUCACAGAUGAGCAGCUCUACAUGGAGCAGUUCACCAAGGCCAACUUCUGGUACCAGCCCUCCUUCCAUGGUGUAGACCUGUCUGCCCUGCGGGGAGCAGCAGUGGACGAGUAUUUCCGCCAGCCAAUCGUGGACACAUUUGAUAUCCGUAUUCUGAUGGCCAAGUCGGUCAAGUACACAGUCAACUUCCUGGAGGCCAAAGAAGAGGAUCUCUACAGGAUAGAGAUUCCCUUCAAGUUCCACAUGAUGCACUCGGGCCUGGUGCACGGCCUGGCGUUCUGGUUUGAUGUGGCGUUUAUUGGAUCAGUGAUUACAGUUUGGCUGUCCACAGCCCCCACAGAGCCUCUCACCCACUGGUACCAGGUGCGCUGUCUGCUGCAGUCUCCCCUCUUCACCAAGGCCGGGGAUACGCUGUCCGGCACUGCCAUGCUGGUGGCCAACAAGAGACAAAGCUACGACAUCAGUAUUGUUGCCCAGGUGGACCAGACCGGAUCAAAGUCCAGCAACCUCCUGGACUUGAAGAACCCCUUUUUCAGGUACACAGGCACCACCCCCAACCCCCCUCCUGGCUCACACUACACCUCCCCGUCCGAGAACAUGUGGAACACGGGGGCGGCCUACAGCAUGAGUCAGGGGAUGGCUGUAUCAGGGAUGCCUGCAGCUUAUGACCUCAGCACAGUCAUCGGCAGCGGCCCAUCAGCGUCUCACAACAACCUCAUCCCCCUGGGUACGAAUCGCACCGACUUCUCAACAUCUCAUGUGAACACCGGAAUUGUAAACCACACCCACUCCAGGAUGGGCUCCAUCAUGAGCACAGGAAUUGUCCAGGGAGCCACCACAGGCCAGUCGGGUCCCAGCAGCAGCGGUACUUACUAUCCCGUCACCAACCAGUUCACCAUGGGGGGCGCUGCCAUCUCCAUGGCCUCGCCUAUGGUCAUCCCCAGCAACACCAUGCAUUACGGCAGUUAAGACCAAGACCUCACACAGACCUCUUCGGCCUCCCCGCCCCCGCAUGACAAGAGAUCCCCCCCCAACCUCUCCCAGUGGAGCCCCUCAGUGUCGUCGUCCCCGCCCCUCCCCCUUUUUCAACCCUGACUGACGCAUCAACUGCAGCCAAAUCCAAUUAUACCAAAACCGGUGCUGUGCUGGCACCGCCUCCUCUUGUUCAUCCUCCUCCUUCUACUCUGUUCAGUCCAUCACCAUAUGAACGGUCGAACGCUCUCACAUCCGUCCAGACUCUUGUCUUGCAAACAGACGAAACCUGCCCCCCCACCCCCCGGAUCCGUUGGGACUUUAACGCGUGGUCGGCUGAGAUGCACAGCCGUUCUUGGGUUUCCACCCUCCUCCCUCAACAUGUAUCUCAAUCCCUCCACUUCCCCUCCUUUCUCGUUUUAAUUUUUUAUAACUGUAUCAUAAUGACCCCCCCCCCCCCUCCCAAAGUGUUUCUUCAAACCCUUUCUUCCCUUAAGAGUCACCUCGCUGCCAGAUACCAGCACCAGUCCGUUCCUGCGAUUCUCCACACCUCUACGACAGAUCUACACCGACGCUUUUCAUUUGUACAGUGGGACACCAUCAUCAUCAUCAUCUUCAAUACUCCUCUCUGGGCGGCCAUCUGGGCUUUGUAUAUCUGAUCCAAUCUUCACGGCCCCACUGCACAUCUCUCAAGAAGAGCAAAUCGCAAGCGGACCGAUUUUCCCUGCUUAGUUUUGGUUUUUAGGCAGAGGCAGAUGUAUAUCAGCAAAAAUGAAGCCAUCUACCCUAAGGAGUAUGGGAAAUUUGCUUAUUCUGUGACUUGGACAAACUGACCUUCUAGUUCUGCUCAGUACCCACUGCAUGGUCCUCCUUAAAAGCAGUGGUGUUGAUGCAAACGUCAGGUUGUGGGAGAAUGGCACACUGGUCACCUUCCACGCUCAGUGAAGAGAUGAACAGGCCCUGUAAUCGCCUUGCCUACUCUAGAUUGUAGGUUCCAGUCCCCUCUGCUAAUGCCUCAGCAUACACUACACUGACUGGAAGUGUGCUCCAUGCUAGCAUGUUAGCAUCACAUCACAUCAAUUGAUAGUUGGCCUUUAUGGUUACACAUUUUCUGUAUUUUUAAAGCUGCAUGAAUUGAUAUUGUUGAUGGUAAAAAGCCCCAUAAAAGCGGAGGGUGUUCACAUUACACACUUUUACACGCAUUCGAUCUAUUGUUUAAAUAGCAAUAUUGAUUAGUGCAGCUUUAAAUAUGGUUGUACAUACCUGUGAUGUGGUUAGCCUAGCCUCGCUCAAAGGCUAGACGCAAAGGAAAACUACCCCACUGUCGUUAUCUGAACUUGAAAUACACACCCGUCUUUAAUAGGUCAAAAUCAAACUCCCAGUCAGAUGUUUGACUAACACGCAGCAUCUCUUCAUAGUGAAGCUGCUGGUUUGAACACCGUCCAAAGUGAACAACAUUCACAAUUCAAGAUUUUUUUAAUCUUCUCUUGCAACCAAUUAAUAAAAAGGGAGUUUUUGGAAGGUGUAUCUUGUCUGAUUUUCCGACAGAGCUAGACUAACGUUUUGUCUCGCCAUCAGUCUUAGCACCGAGAUGUAUCUCUGUACCAGACUCACUGAAACCAAAUGAAUGGGUCUUUUCAUCUGACUGUGGGUUUGAUGAACAAACAAGCAUAUUUCUUUAUAAUGCUGGAUGGGUUAGAGCUGCUACAGGUUCUAAUUCUCUCACUUUUGAGGCAGGGUUAUGGCCGUAUUACGUACGAUCGCGUCUAAAGGAAAAAAAGUGCAGUCACACCUGAUAAAGCCUCCUCGGUGGCUGCAUCCCACUGCCAGCCUGAUCUCUCCAAGAACUCUUGAGUCUCUGCAGUCGAACAACACACUCAGUCUCUCCUUAAAAGCAUUCUUGUUUAGGGCUGGGUACCGAAUUCAAUACUUUUUAGGCACUGACCAAAUU